UCCCACUGUUGUAGCCAUCAAGCUAAAACUUUCUGUUGAUGUUUUUGGGUGACUCGAAAGUGAGUCGAUAUUCGUCGGAGAAUGCUCAUGCACCGUGAAAUAUAAAGGACUUGCACUUUAGUUCAUGCAACUUUUCUCUUUGUUUUUAAAUCAAUGUUUUCAAUACGUAGUAUUGUUUUUUACCCGGCCUAUCCACUGGUGUUUUUUUCAUUUUCCCUAAUUGUCUGUUGUGGGGCAGUGUCAAAGCAAACCUUCUGUCCAUUUUGACAAUGAGUUCUCAAGGAGACGAAAACGAAAAUAGUACAUCCCCUGGACUGGAGGCUGUGAUUGAGAAGCUCGAGGCAUCUCUGCGCCAGUCUGGCGGCAGCGUCGAUGAGCGGAGCCCGUCACUGACUCAGGGAGGAAAUGGACGGGACUCUGCAGUCACACCCCCGGCCACGCCCCCUGUCACAUCUCCCUCCGCCCCCGCCCGCUCUGCAGCGUCACCCGUCUCCUCCCGGAUCAGACAGAUCAUCACCAGAAACCUGGCUGAGCAGCCUGCUGAUAGGGACACCUAUGUUCUUGAGGAGAACAGGGUCCUGAAGGAGCAGCUUUCCCAGACAAGGAUGGAUCGGGACCAGCUACUGGUCAAACAGACACAGCUCACAGACAGGCUGGAGCAGAUGCUGGCGAUGCAGUCAGCCGCCAGGGACUCGGACCAGGGGAGCGGGUCUGUAGAACACCUGCGGUUGCAGAGCGAGGAGAGGGCCUACAGACUCAAACUACUGGCCUAUCAGGAGGCUCAAGUCAGGCAGACUCAGUUGGUGCAGAAACUACAGGCCAAGGUGCUUCAGUACAAGAGCAGAUGUGGUGAACUGGAGGAGCAGGUGUUGGAUAAGGCCUCAGAGGUGGAGAAGCUACAACUCUCGCUGCAGGCCCAUUUAAAUUCGUCAGCCAACCAUCUGCACCGCUCUGAGACCCAGCUCCAGGAGAACAGCGUGACAAUUCAGAAAAAACUGGCCCUGCUGGAGGAAGAACAGAAGAGGUGUUCUGCCCUGGGCCAGGUUAACGUCCUGCUCAGAGAACAGCUGGAACAGGCUGGCUUGGAGAACCAGGCCCUGACGGAGAGGCUGGGCCGCGCCCGAGACGACCUUGAGCAGAAGGAGGCUCAGCUUCGCAAGGAACAGGAGACGUGUGCCUCCCGACUGGGUCGAGAGCAAGCCCGUGUGAGGGCCCUGUGGCGCCAGGCGGCGUCCCUACGGAGCUCCUUCACCCAGCUCCGGAACUUCACUGACAGGAAGCUGUCUGACAUGUGCGGGGAGUAUGUCACUGCAAGUCGUCGUCUGCAUGUAGCUUGUAUGUCCCUAGAGACCAGUGUGACACAGCACAGCACCCCUAGUGGCCAGGAGGUAUCGGAGCUAGAGAGACAGCUGAGGGACAAGCUGAGGGAAGCCAUGCAGCUCCAGGGACACUGGGACGCUGAGAAAAUAGAGCUCAACUCACGGAUUUUGGAGCUGACAGACAUGGUGAAGAACCUCAGAGCACAGAGCAGUGAGAAGGAUGCAGCCCUUGUCAUCAUGCAGACCAGUCUGGACCGGAUGGAAGCAAGCAAACUAGAUGACAAGGCUGAGAUGGAUGACCUGCUCUCAGAUAUAGGCCAUGUCCAACAGAUCUUAACCAGCGUCACAAAGGGGGUUUGUGGUGAUGGCGACCGUGGUCAAUCUUCCUCAGCCCCCUCUCAUCCCCGGGUUGAUUCUGCUCAACCCAAGAGCACCUUGAAGGCUGUCCAGGGUGUCCUGUCCCAACACCAGGGCCUGCACUGUCGCCUGGAGGCUUCCCUGGAGGAAGUUAACACACUCCACACUCGUCUGCAGGAGGCCAAGGAGGCGAGAAGGGAGCUGGAGGGACGGAUCAAGGAGCUGCAGGAGGAGAACCUGCAGGCUGAGAGGAGCCUGGAGAAGAGCCACAAAGACAGCCAGAGAUGCAGCACCUCCUUGGAGGUUUUUGCGAGUGACAAAGCCAGGCUGGAGAAGACGGCUGUGAGGCUGCAACAAGAGGUGGAGACCAGGGGGUCAGAGCUGGAGGUCAUGAGGGCGUCUGCCGGAGAUCUCCAGAGACAGAGAGACCUCCUCCGCCAGCAGAGAGAUGACCUGGAGAGACAGCUUGCACGCCAACGCACCGAAGCCCAGAGAGGUGAGAGGAGUCUGGAACAAUUGGAGAGGAAGCACAGUGACCUGUGGUGUGAGCUGGUGACAUUCAGGGAGGCCCUGAGUCAUGUGACCCUGCAGAAGGAGGUUCUGGAGGAUGAGAAAGUUAGCAUGACCCUGGCUCUCAGCAAGAUGGAGUCCCAGAAUGCAGAGCAGGAGCUGUGCCUCACCAAGACACAAAGCCAGGAGGCGGGACUUAGAGACUCUCUGGCCAAGAUGGCUGCCCUGAGUGAAGGCCUGGCCAACGACAAGGUGGAGCUCAAUCGCGUCCUGCUACAGGCGGAGGGUGAGAAGGCAGAGCUCAGUGAGCGUCGCCGGGAAGCGGAGGGGGAGCGGGCAGCGGCCAAGGAGGAGGUGGGGAGGCUUCAGCGAGAGCUCCAGGACCUGGCGGCAGACAAGCGGGCCCUGGAGACCUCCCAGAGUCUCCUGCAGGAGACCAACCACAGGCUGGAGGCCGAGCUGGGACAUCUGCAGAUGGAGAACAACCAGAUCCUGGAACAGCAUGCACAGAUUACCAAACAGUUGCAGGCCCAGAGGGACCGGCUGUCGGUGGUGCAUAAGGAGCUGGACAGCCAGGGUGUGACCCUCCACAGGGCCCAGCGGGACAGGGAGGAGCUGGCCAAAGACAAGGCCAGUCUGGCCGUCCAGCUGACCACCGCUGAACGCAAGGCCUCAGGACUGUCUCAGGAGCUGGCUGGUCUCCGAGCGGAGAAGGUAUCCUUGGAGAUGUGUGUUUUUGAGGGGCAUGAGUUGGCCUCCUCUCUGGAGGGGGAGAAGAGCCGGGUGGAAGGAGAGAGACGUAGCAUAAUGCUGGCUAAUGAGGCCCUGACGCGUGAGGUGGCCCGUUUAAAGGCGGAGGUCGAGCUGCAGGUGUCCCGUGCGGAGCAGGAGAGACAGAUUCUGGAGGCUAAGUUGGCGCUGGCAGAGAGGACCCACCAGACGACCCUGAGGACCAGGGAGCAGAGUCACAGAGAGCAGCUGGAGGCCGAACGCACUGAGAAGGAGCAGCAGCGUGUGGACCUGACCCUGCAGAGGGAGCGCUCCGAGGCCCAGCUGCAGGAGGUCUGUGAGGAGCAGAGACUCCGUAGCUUGGCAGAGCUGCGACAGCUGCAGGAGGACAUGGUGAAACUACAACAGGAACACAACCGCAAACUGCUGCAGGCUGAGAGCGACAAGCAGCAGGCCCUGUCACAGAAGGAAGGAGAGAAGGCAGCUCUGACCGAACAUCUGACGGGCCUGCAGCAGGACCUGGAGACAGCUGGCCUGGAGAUGGACAUAGUCAAGAGACAGGCUCUGAGCUGUCAGCAAAAGGACAGGGAGACUAUAUUGGGUCUUCAGGGUGAACUGCAGGUACUGGGGGGUCGUUUUGAGGAAUCUCUGAGUUGUCGUGAGUCAACAGAGAAGAACCUGAUGGAACAGGUCAGAGAGCUCAACCAGCUGAGAGAGGCAGCACGCAUCGAGGUGGAGGGUCUUCGGCGGGACCUCCAGGAGGCGGAAGAUGGUCGCGAUGCAGGGAGGAGGGGACUGAUUGAGGCCCAUCGGGAGCUGAGGGAGAUUGCUCAGGAGAGGGACGACCAGAGGAAGGAGGUCCUGGAUCUUAGGAGGCUGCUGGGGGAUGAGACGCGGGACAAGGAGGCCAUCCAAACCUCCAACCAGGAGCUCAGAUCGUCGGUGAAGCGAGCUGAGAGUGACAACAAUAGUCUGCGUCGUAGCUUGGAGGAAAAGGAGCAGAAGGUGGUGGUCUUGGAAGACUGUAAGACCUCUCUGCAGCAGGAGGUGUCCAAGUUGAGGAGCACCAUGAGAGACUUGGAGAAGUCCCGACUGCAGGCACGCAGAGAGCUGCAGGAGCUACGCAGACAGGUGAAGAUCCUGGAGGGUGAGGCCUCCCACCGAAGGGGGGAGCUGGGGGAGCUACAGGCCAGAAUGUGUCGGGCAGAGGUAAAGGAGGAAGAGGCGCUGAGGGAGGCCUUCAAUCUCAAACAAAGAGUCCUGGAGAGCGAGGCUGGAAGGGAGGCGGCCAUAAAGGAGGCUUCCCGACUGCAGGGUUGCAUGUCAGAGCUGGAGGAGGCAGUGUGUCAGAUGAAGGAGGUGGUAGCGGAAGGCGAGGCGGAGUUACAAAAGACUCUCGUUCUGCAUCGUGAAGAAACCUCCAAACUCGAGCAGGCACUAGAAGAGCACGCCACCCAGCUCAGGGAAGUCACCCUGAAGGUCAGCUUGGCAGAGGGCAAGGCACAGAGUCUGGAGGAGCAACUGGGAAAGGGGGACGUUGCGAGGAGGGAGCUGGAACACCGGCUAGCCGGACUGACCUCAGCCCUGAGACAGACCCUUGGGGUGGGCAGGACCAGGCGCUCGCUGACCCCUGGGUCCAGGGGGCGAAGCCCUUCCCCCUGGAGAAGUCGCUCCCCUCUGAAAGGUAGUGAGCGUGUCACAGAGGGAGCCAGCCGAUCCCCUGGAGGCCCUGUAUCAUCCACACCCCAGGGUGCAGAGGGGGAGCUGGAUAUGGACGCGGUGCAGACAGCCCUAGGGGACUUCCACCAGGAACUCAGAGACGCGCUGAGAGACAAGGAUGAGGCUAAGAUCCAGGUGGCCAAUCUGAACCAACGGGUGGCCGAGCUUGAGGCCAGCCAGGACAGGUCUGAGACACGGAUACAGCAGCAGACCGUGGCCCUGAAGGAGCUGGAGCAGGGUAAGAGAGAGCUGCUGGAGCGGCUGUAUGAGGCCCAGACCUCACUCUCUCUGCAGAAAGAAGCGGCACAUCGAGGAGCCCGAGACAGGAAGAGCCUGGUGGCAGAGGUAUCCAGACUCAAGACCAGUCUGCAGACCGCUGAAGCUGACAGUAGGACACUCCAGGAGAAACUGGAUCGUUCCCGUGUCGCAGAGGCUCGUUUUGAGGGGGAUUGCCGUACGCUGAAGGAGGCCCUGGAGACAGCGAAGAGCCGGGCGUCUGGUCUGGAGGUCAGCCAGAGGACCCAGGAGGGGGAGCUGCAGAGGGCCCAGCGAAGGGCAGCCGAGCUGGAGGGGGAGGUGUCCGUUCUGGGGGAGAAGCUGGUGGAGCUGAGGAAGCGGCUGGGAGAGAGUGAGGACCGGGCGGCCGGGCUCAAGCUGAACGAGGAGAGGUUGGCCGAGGCCCUGGCCCGGGCAGAGACCCAGGAGGGGUUGCUGAGGGACCAGCUCCAGGGUCUGUACAGUACUCUCAGUGACAGUAGUGGCAGAACAGAAGCCAUGCAGGAACAGGUUGCCAGACUACAGAGGGCUCUCACCAUCUCAGACCAGGACCGCAGAGUCAUUCAGGAACGGCUGGAUAAACUGCGUGAGGCCCUGUGUGACAGCAAGAGGCAGAACCAUUUCCUGACCGAGAAGCUCCAGAAUGUCCAGAGGGCACAGGAGGAUGCUGAACUUCAGGCCUCAGAGCUGCAGAAACAGUGCUGGAGUCUGAAGGAGGUCCUGAAGCAGAAGCAGGAGGCCGCAGAUCUUGCAGCCCAGGAGAGAUCCACGCUGCAGCAGAAGGAGCGGGAGGAGCUCCAGGAGAGGUUGACCUGCCUCCAGAGCACCCUGAAGAGGAUGGAGGGGGAGCGGGCAGAGCUGGAGCGGACGUUGGCCCGUCUGGCGAAGGACAAGGCGUCGCUCAGGAAGACACUGGAGAGGGUGGAGCUGGAGAGACUACGGAGAGAGGAGGAGGCAGCGUCGGCAGCCAGAGAGAGAGAACAGCUGGGACAGACGGUACGCAGCUUGGAGCAGGAACUCAACCAGCAGCACCUGGAGAGGCAGACACUACAGGCCCAGAUGUCCCAGUCGGAGCAUUCCCACGCACAGCGCCUCCUGGAGGUGACGACCCGCCAUCAUCAGGAGAUGGAGCUGGAGACGGAGCGGCUGAGGGGGACCCAGCAGCAGGCGGGGAGGGCCCUGGAGGUCAGGGAGAAAGCCCAUCGCCAAAGGGUCACGGUUCUGGAGGAGCAGAUUCUGACGCUGAAGGAGCAGUUGGAACAGGAGAUGCGAAGAAGGCAAGCUUAUGUCAACCAGAUGCUGAGAUAAUGGGGUGUUGGGUCAAGGUUGGCUGUAUGCUGCCUGGUGACCCCUGGACCCUGAAAGGUAAAGGGUAAACUAAACGUUUGACCCUUUGAUGACCUCAGUGUAGCUAGUUAGUGACCACUGACCUCUCUUCAACAGACAACCCUACUCAGACCUUUUUACACAAAUACAAAAUCCCAUGCACGCACACACACACAAAUGCUAGCACACACACUGACAGGUCCACAUUAGCAUCCAGACAUUCUGAAUUAAAUAAUCCUAAUCUAACCCUAAUCUGCAUGGAGAUCUUAAAAAACAACAAACAAUGAGGGUGCUGUUUCUGUGUUCUGAAGGCUGGACGUUGCAGACUAUUUUAAAGGAUUUGCCCUAUCCAGGCCAGCCACUAAGUGCUGCUAGUUCUCCUGUUGUCUCAUUGGACAGAUCCCCACCAGCAUAAAGAUCUGUCCUUGCCAACCAUCAUCCUUUACUCCCUACAAUAUCGUUUUAGUCAUUCUAUUAUUGAUUCUAUCAUUUAAUACUUUCUUUUAGGAAUCAUCACAUUUGUUGCUAUUUUGUAUUGCUUUCAACCAGCAAAGGAUUAUUGUGGUGUCAUCGUAAUAUGAGUUAGUUACUAGAAUCAUUUGUACUGUUAUUUUGGUUUAAAUUUAUUUAAAAAGGAUAAAAGAAUCAAUGUAAUGUA